AUGCAGUUAUCUUGGAAAGAUAUUCCAACGGUGCCGACGGCCAACGACAUGUUGGACAUUGUGCUCAACAGAACACAAAGGAAAACGCCUACCGUGGUGAGACCGGGGUUUAAGAUUUCUCGUAUCAGGGCAUUUUAUAUGAGGAAGGUGAAGUUCACAGCAGAAGGGUUCUCUGAGAAAUUCACAGACAUGUUGGCUGGUUUUCCCAACAUCAAUGAUGUGCAUCCCUUUCACAGAGACUUGAUGGAUACGUUGUAUGAGAAAAACCACUACAAGGUUUCCUUGGCAGCCAUCUCCAAAGCUAAGACUUUGAUUGAGCAAGUGGCCAGAGACUACAACCGUCUCUUAAAGUUUGGUCAGUCUUUGUACCAAUGUAAACAGUUGAAGAGAGCUGCUUUGGGUAGAAUGGCCACGAUCACGAAGAAGUUGAAGGAUCCAUUAAUUUACUUGGAACAAGUGAGGCAGCACUUGGGGCGUUUGCCUUCGAUUGACCCCAACACCAGAACCCUCUUGAUCUGUGGUUACCCCAACGUGGGUAAGUCCUCGUUCUUGAGAUGCAUUACCAAGGCUGAUGUCGAGGUACAACCUUAUGCUUUCACAACUAAGUCUUUGUACGUGGGUCACUUUGACUAUAAGUAUUUGAGAUUCCAGGCCAUUGAUACCCCCGGUAUAUUGGAUCGUCCUACCGAAGAAAUGAACAACAUUGAGAUGCAAUCGAUUUACGCCAUCGCUCACUUGAGAUCAUGCGUAUUGUACUUCAUGGACUUAUCAGAGCAGUGUGGAUUCUCGAUUGAAGCACAGACCAAAUUGUUCCACUCCAUCAAGCCUUUGUUCGCUAACAAGUCUGUCAUGGUUGUUUUGAACAAAAGUGAUAUCAUAAGACAAGAAGAUUUGCCAGAGGAGCAACAAGCCCUCUUGAAGUCUAUUGCUGACAGUCCUGGUGUCGACAUCAUGAACACUUCUUGCUACGCCGAGGAGAAUGUCAUGCAAGUGAGAAACCAGGCUUGCGAGAAGUUGUUGACAGCUAGAAUCGAACAGAAGUUGAAGGGCUCUGCUCGUGUGAACAAUGUCUUGAACAAGAUUCACGUGGCUAGAUCACAAAUGCGUGAUGAAGAGUCCAGACCAGCUUUCAUCCCUGAGGGUGUCCAAAGUUUGGCCAAAUACGACCGUGACGAUCCGAACAGAAGAACUUUGGCCAAGGAUAUAGAGGCAGAAAAUGGUGGUGCUGGUGUGUACAAUGUCAACCUCAAAGACUUCUACUUAUUGGAAGACGAUGAGUGGAAGGCUGAUACAAUGCCAGAAGUGUUGGACGGUAAGAAUGUCUACGACUUCUUGGACCCAGACAUCGCUGCCAAGUUGCAAGCGUUGGAAGAUGAAGAGGAGAGACUAGAAGCUGAGGGAUUCUAUGAUUCGGACUCUGAGAUCGAGGACGAGGAGACUGCUGACAUCCGUGAGAAGGCUGAGUGGAUCAGGAACAAGCAUAAAGUUAUGAUCAAGGAGGCCCGUACAAAGAAAUCAUUAAAGAACAAGUCCAUGAUGCCUAGAGAGCAUGUCAAGAAAACGUUUGGCGAAAUGGAGGAACAUAUGGCUUCUUUGGGCCAUGAUACUAGAAAUUUGAAGCAGAGAGUCAAAAACCAGAAAUCUCUCAGUGGUGUGGAUGUCUUGAAGCACAAUCGGGGACUCGCACAAAAGAAGAAGAUUCAGAAGAAGCAGGCUCCAGUUAACCAAAACGACAGAUUGAGUGCUGGUGUAGCCGAUGGAGCCUUGAGAUCCCAAGCUGAGAGAGUUGCCAAAUUGCAGAGAAGAGAGAGAAACCGCCAGGCAAGAUUGGGAGAGGCCGACAGACACACGGUUGCAUCUAUGCCCAAGCACUUGUUCUCCGGGAAGAGAGGGUUCUCUGCUGACCGUCGUUAG